CAUCACCGGUACUCCGAGACCGACGCCGACCCCCAUAACGCCAAACGGGGCUUCUUUUUCGCGCACAUGGGUUGGCUCAUGUGUCGCAAGCACCCGGAGGUCACCAUUAAGGGCAAGGAGAUAGACAUGACCGACCUGUUGGCCGAUCCUGUAGUCCGGUUUCAACACAAAUACUACUACCCAUUAGUGGCGCUAAUAUGGCUGAUAAUACCGGUGUCGGUACCGGUGCUAUGCUUUGGCGAGACGUGGUUUGACUCGUUUUUGUUAAACUGUUUCCGGUAUGUCAUUAGUCUACACCAGGCAUGGCUCGUCAACUCCAUGGCCCAUAUUGGCCCGGCUUAUAAGCCGUACGAUAAGUAUAUUAACCCGCGUGAGAGUCGAACGGUUACCUACCUGGCCCUUGGAGAAGGUUAUCAUAACUAUCACCACACGUUCCCCGGAGACUACUCGGCCUCAGAGUACGGGUGGAAAGACAACUGGAAUAUAGCGACGGCUUUCAUAGAUAUGUUUGCGUGCAUUGGAUGGGCGUAUGAUAGGAGGCGCCCCACGGAGGCCGUGGUUAAGGCGAGAAUCACCAGAACCGGCGAAUCCGAUCACAAAUAUAACCAAUUGACAAGAAUUAGCGCUAUAAUGGAUUCAAUUACAGGGUGGGCAUUGUAUAAUUAG